AUGCACUUUCCAAGAUUGAAGCCAUGCAUGGACGAAGAGAGACAACCACUUCUCGCCCUUAAACAAGAAGAUCUUACUGAUCGAUCUGGCAGGCUUUCUUCUUGGGCAGGUCAACAUUGCUGUGAACGGAAAGGAAUUUCAUGCAACAACAAAACAGGUCAUGUCGAGAUGAUGAAUCUUCGGUACACGUAUAAGUAUACGCUAUCUGGUUUUGAUGCAGAAUGGGAUGAGAUGGAGCACUCUUCUUUUUGGGGGAAACCAACCAAAAAAAUGGGACUAGCAAGCUCUAGUGUGAAACCAAUAUGCAUUGAGGAAGAAAGGCAAGCACUUGUGAGGUUUAAACAAGAUCUUAAGGUUCUGUUUGGUAGGCUUUCUUCUUGGGUGGGUCAUGAUUGCUGCCAGUGGGAAGGGAUUAUGCAACAACCGUACCGUGUUGAAAGUAUUUGUCCCACAUUGAAAAGUUAA